UGCUACAAGUUUGUUCCUAUUGAAAAGACUUGGAUUGAUGCUGAGCUGCAUUGCCAAAACCUGGCUCCAGGCGGCCAUCUUGCUUCCCUGCACUGGAUGGAGCAGAAUAAUGUUCUUGCAGAAAUGAUACAUAAUUCCCAAAAUAAUAAUGUCCCAACUUGGGUCGGGUUGAGUGACAUCCACAAGGAGGGGACUUUCCAAUGGAUUGAUGGAUCUGCAUCAGAUUUUAUGUAUUGGAUGAAAGGUGAACCCAAUAAUCUUGAUGGAAAAGAGCACUGUGGGCAUAUUUUGUUCAAGAAUACACGUUGGAACGAUCUGUCUUGUGAUUCAAAAUUGUGUUUCCUUUGCUCCUACAAACUGCUGUCUCCCUGCUGCGAGUGAAAGAAUCUAUCGAUGCUCCAUGGAUCCUGUCUGGGAGUGAAUGUAGUGCCUCAAUCUGCUUGUAGUUGCGGUCACAGCCAAUGAUGACUGUACU